AUGGACACAAGUGAGUCCGGGACGUCGGCGGAAAAACAGCUACGGCAGGCGAAAAGUAAUGUAGCGGUGCUUAGUCGGCUAGUGGCAGAGGCGGAAAAAGGCGGUUCAAUCCCGUACGAGGACGUGCAGGAGCGAAUGGAAAGCGCCCGUGUAGCAUUGCUGGCGCUGUCGGAGGGACGCUUGGACGUUAAUCCAUCAAAUGGCGCUGUUACCUCACAAGCAAUGUGGGAAAUGUCAAAUGUACACGCACGAGCGGCUGGCGCUCAAGCAGUGACGGACCUGCAGCGACGCGUGGCACAGCAGCUGCUUGCCGAGCUCAAUUUGAUAGAUACAUCGUUGCAGCGUUCAAGGCGGAAGGCACUACAGCGCCAGACGCACAUUUCGGAGGUUGAGAAGCUUCUUGGAACGAUGCGGAGCGGUGGUGGUCAAGAUGAUCUUUCUUCCCUAAAACACUUGGAAAAUGAGCGAAAAUCUCUGCAUUACGCACGCGCACGUGUUCGGGCGAUGCUUGAUGAAAGCAAUUCAGUCAUGAAAGCACUGCGGGAUCAGGGUGGGCGGCUCGAAGGAACAGGCAGCAAAGUUGCAGACGUAUUGGAGUCUCUUGGUGUUGCGAAUUCGACAAUAUUGCAAAUUAUGCGUCGCAAUAAAGUGGACGCAUGGCUAGUGUACGGUGGCAUACUUUUGACGAUGCUACUCCUUUAUUUUGUCUGGUGA